UAUGAAUGCUCUCAUCUCUCCUCUUUCUCGACAGACAGAAAAUGGGGAUGUUCUGUGCACGCUCCGUCUUGGUAACUGUUUUGGCACUGACCUUUAUAAUCCUGUGCGACACAUUCAAACCCACUCAGAGGCCAAAGUAUCAGUACACCAAGAAACCCCCUAGAGAGGUGGUCCAAACCACCACAUAUGCAGGAAAGCCUACGGUCACAGCACGGAUUGUGGACUACACGAAAACACGAGAGCAGCGCACCCCUGUGUACGUGACAGAGAGCACUACAGUGACUGCUGACAGCUACAUAGACUACCCUACAGACACCAGCGCAUCUCCCACCGCAGCCAAAGACAACUACACGCUAGACUACAACGAAUGCUACUUCAACUUCUGCGAGUGCUGCCCACCGGAGAAAGGCCCACAAGGGUUCAAAGGAGACAUGGGACUGCCAGGACCCCCAGGGGAAAAGGGAGCACCUGGACCAAGUGGUCUACCAGGCCCAAUAGGGCCAAAGGGCAACUCAGGAUCUAAAGGGGAUAAAGGAGAGAAAGGUGAUCAAGGAAACACAGGAUUCGCUGGAACGCCAGGAAACCAGGGAAAGGCUGGAAUGAAAGGUGAGAUGGGUAAUAAAGGUGAGAAGGGUGCUGCUGGCCUGCCAGGAUUCAAAGGAGAAAAGGGAGAAAAGGGAGAUCCCAACUUUAAUGUGUCAAAAGGCGACCAGGGAGAGCCAGGCAAAGAUGGACUUCCAGGACCCCAAGGCUCAGCUGGUGAAAAGGGUGAAAAGGGGGAGAGAGGAGAGUGCGGUUUGCUUGGCGACAGGGGCCAGAAAGGUGAGCCUGGGGACCCUGGGUCGCCAGGUGUGCGUGGAGAUCCUGGUCCUUCUGGGCAACAUGGCAUGCAUGGAAAUCCAGGCAUCACUGGAGAACGAGGGGAACCAGGAACUCCAGGACCAAAGGGUGAGCCAGGAAUACAAGGGCCACCUGGAACCAAAGGCUUGAGAGGUCUCAGGGGAAUCAAGGGUGACCGCGGCCCCCAGGGGAAGCGUGGAGAUCGAGGCCUACGGGGAAUGAAGGGUGCCAUGGGUACAAGCGAUUCGAGAAUCAGAUCCGCUUUCAGUGUUGGACUAUAUCCCAGCAAGUCUUUUCCUCCUUCAGGAUUUCCAGUCCGCUUUGACAAGGUCUUCUACAAUGGGGAAAAUCAUUACGACGUAGUCUCAUGCAAAUUCAACUGCAGCUACUCUGGAGUUUAUGUGUUCUCCUACCAAAUCACAGUGAGGAACAAACCACUACGUGCUUCUUUAGUGGUGAACGGGGUGCGCAAGGUACGCUCGAGGGACACUCUUCAACCUCAGGACAUUGACCAGGCAUCCAAUCUAGUGAUCCUGAAGCUGGACGUCGGAGACCAGGUAUGGGUGGAGACGCUGAGAGACUGGAAUGGUGUUUACUCCAGCAGUGAGGAUGACAGCACCUUCUCCGGGUUCCUGCUUUACCCUGACUAACACUCUUUCCAAGGCUUAGGCUCUGUCCACACGAACACAGGUACUUUUUUUCUACACGGUUUCGGCUGUUUGUCCACAUGACAGCACGGGUCAGGUGACUGAAACUUUCUGAAAACUCUGGUCAGGGUGAAGAUUUUUCAAAACUCCGGGUACAGUGUGGACAUGCGGAUACUACAGCCAGAGUGUUUGCCUCAUGACCUAAGCGUAAGCACUGUUUUCUUAUUUCUGAUUGGCCAACACACUUGGGUUCACACCAAACGCAAAAUUCUGCACAUUUGUGGCAAAACCAUUGCAUAUUUUGCGACGUUCGCCCGAAGGAUGGUUAUCCACCUCUGUUCUCAUGUUUGCAUUGAUUUGUAUGCUAUUUACUCGUGUUAAUUCCCAUUUGGUGUGGACCCAGGAUAAGUGACAUUAUCGCCCCCUGUUGGUUCGGCAUGCCCUCACCAUGCAUCACAGUGCACUUUUGCAGUUUUAUGUGGACGGAGAUUUUUUAAUAAAACGAAAGUAGGGAAAACCCCGCUUAAAACAAUACCCGUGUACGUGUGGACAUGAACUCAAUCUACAACUGAACUUUACAUGAAAUUACGACCAUUUUAUGACCAAUUUUGUGUAGUGUUACGACAGAGAGGCAGACGUGUACUGUUUUAAUGAGCAUCGGCCAACACUACUGAUACUAUUGUAACUACAUCGGAUUGUAAUUUUACUGGACUACAUUAAGUCUAAUUUACAAAGUGACCCUGAACCACAAAACCAGUCAUAUGUGUCAAUUUUUGGAAAAUACUUCAUCUGAAAGCUGACAAUUAAGCUUUCCAUAGAUGUAUGGUUUGUUAGGGUAGAGCAUUAUUUGGUCAAGAUACAACUACACUGCAAAAACAGGAUGACUCAACAUAAAAUUGUAAGGCAACUUGCUUCCAUAGACUGUAAAAGAUAUGGACGUAG